CCAUGAUCGACUCAACAGCGCCUCAACAUGCUGUAAAACGACCGCAUGACCUUACGGCUAACUAGACGGUUCAUGAGAAUUGGUCUUCAGGGUCUCUCAGACUUAGACUGGGUCUGCACGCAGACAGUACAGAGGUGUGGGUAAGACCUCGGCUUGGGUUUACUGAACCGCUAGCCGGACGCUGUGGCAUUCUGUACGCGCAGAACUUAUUCAUUUCUCGGCGUUGAGACUCGUUAAAUCUCUUGGGCAAGCGUGGUUUCAAUUAUACUUGACGAAUAUCGAGAGUCAAACAUACAUAGGAUUCCGUCUUCGCAGAAUACUUCCUACACAAUGGAUGAAGUUUCUCCGCAAAAUAGCUUGGAAAAAGCGCUGGCUAAGCGCUUGGAGGAGAGACUCGCCAACUCCAAGUUCCGAAAACUCACCGUCGCCGCUCCGGGCUCCGUCGACUUCUCAUCUAAUGACUUUUUGUCGUUGUCGACGUCUUCGACACUGCGAUCGGCAUUUGUUGAUGAACUUUCCCGGCAUCCCAACUUCCCACUCGGCUCUGGUGGCUCGCGCUUGCUGGACGGAAACUCCCAAUACGCUCUGGACCUUGAAAAUGAGAUCGUUUCUUUUCACGGAGCUUCUGCGGGCCUGCUCUGGAACUCGGGGUUCGAUGCGAAUUCUGGAUUUUUUGCGUGCGUGCCGCAGCCGGGCGACAUCAUCCUAUACGACGAAUUGAUACACGCUUCGGUGCACGACGGGAUGAAAUUGUCACGUGCGGGAAGGAAAAUCGCGUUCAAGCACAACUCCGUGGACCAUCUGAGAAAGACUGUGCAGGCUCUAAAGGAGGAAGAUGUGUACGUGGGCAAGGGGCCGAAGAAUGUUUUUGUGGCUGUAGAGAGCGUGUACAGCAUGGAUGGAGAUCUUUGCCCUUUAAAAGAACUGGUAGAAUGCAUAGAAGAGGCGCUUCCUUAUGGGAAUGGCCAUAUCGUCGUAGACGAAGCACAUGCUACUGGAGUAAUUGGUCCGCUCGGAAGAGGCCUCGUUUCUCAAUUGGGACUUGAGAAGAAAGUAUUUGCGAGACUGCACACAUUUGGCAAAGGACUCGGAACAAGCGGAGCUAUCCUUCUAUGCUCGCCUAUUGUGCGAUCAUAUUUGAUCAAUUACGCCAGGCCAUUGAUAUUUACAACAUCCAUGCCCUUCAUCAACCUUGCAGCUAUCAAAGCAUCCUACUCUCUCCUUCAAUCCGGCGUGACAGAGCCUCUUGUCUCGCAUUUGCAGAUGUUGACAUCCCAUCUUCACACACAAUUGUUGAGAAUGUUGAUCCGCUACACUCGGCCCUACGAGUCUAUCAACGACACUUUACACGUGUCACCAUUACGUCCACAGUCACCAAUAUUCGCCCUGCUGACAAAACAUCCACGUUCGCUUGCAGCGCAUUGUCAAAACGCAGGCUUUGUUGUAAGAGCGGUUGUCCCACCCACUGUGCCGACACGGCGGGUAAGGGUAUGCUUACACGCAGGUAACACUGUGGAUGAGGUUGACCGCCUUGUUCGAAGUAUUGAGUCCUGGGUUCGAGACAGAAUAGGAGUGGCAUCGUCUCCAGCUGUUGAAGAGCUGGAAAAGGCUCGUCUGUAAUCGAUUUGUUUGUACAUAAGUCGCCCAUUAUUCGGCAUGUUAGAAUAGAACAAUUGUUCAGGCAGCCUGCGGGGCAGAGCGAACAGCCUCCUGUGACUCGAGAUUGAUAUUGUCA